CCCUUUAAGCGUUGCCAUGGCGACAGUGUUUGUGUUCCGGUUCUGCUCUGCGCAUGCGCUCGGGAGAGUCACUCGGCGGAUCAAACAUUUCGUGACUGUCGUUCGCAAUGGCGCAUUACAGAGUGUCCGAGUCGAAGCGAGAGCAGUUUAGGAGAUAUCUGGAGAAGGCCGGAGUUCUGGAAAGCCUCACUAACGUCCUGGUGGCUCUGUACGAGGAGACCGAGAAACCCAACAAUGCCUUGGACUUCAUCAAGCAUCAGCUGGGCGUUGGACCCGAGGCAGAAGAUGCUGAGAGUCUGCGGCUGGAGCUGAACACUUUACAGCAGAAAUAUGAUCAGCUGAUGGAGGAGAACAAAGAGCUGAGGAGCAGGCUGCUGCAGUACGAGCCGGCGCAGGGCGGGGGAACAGAAUAACUACACCACUUCAGUUUCACAUGUUUCUUCACAUCAGUAGAAGUCUUUGAGUUUGUUUUUGUAAUAAAUAAUAAAUGUAUAAGAGGUACAUUUUUUUUUGUUCAGCCAAAUUGUGCCUUAUAUUUAAUAAAAUAAUUUUUUUGCACUGUU